AUGUCGGACGACAUAAAGCUAACAGAUGUGGAGUGUUGGAUGACAUUUUCGACAGCAACAGACGACGCUUCAUCUUUGUCAUUAAAAUCUCAGAAGCAAAGUAAAAUGGUGGAUAGCCUCACUUUAUUGGUUACUGCAAUUAAUUCGCUAGGUGGUCAUACAGUAAUUUCACCUAUUACAGUAGUGAGUGAAGUGACGACCGCAGAGGAGCGGAGUUGCCAGAAAUAUCUAAGCGAUGAGCAGUUGGAGCGAAUUGUCCAUCGUGAAGAAAGUUUUAUUUCCAAUUUUCUGGACAGAUUUGGAGCAGUAAAGAGGUUUGCAUGGAAUAGUCGGAGGCCCAAUAUCAUUGUUGCACUAUGCCUUUUGUUGAAAUUACAAAGUGAUUUGCAAUGGACCGAUCACCGAUUACAUAAACGUGCCAUUUUGGAAUUGGUUUAUCGAGUAUCAUCCGAAAUGGAUAGCACCAAAUGCAUUGACAGUGCUAAGCUUCCUUCUCAUCAUCUUACCGUACUUGGUCAUUCUUCACUACAACUACGAUCUAUUUAA